ACAUAGGCUUACGCUUCGGUGACGUAGAUCGCUUGUAUUGAAUUGAAAAAAAAAUCUAAACUGCGGAAUCGCUUGCUGCUGACCUCAGCCAGCCAGCAAAUUAAUGAAAAAUAGCUAACAAUGAACGUCUUGGUCACGUGCUUGUUUUUCGCCGGUCUGUCCUACCUGUAUAGCACCGACCUAAUAACUGUGCUCCGUGUUUAUGUUGCAGAGUGGGUCCUCGGCGCCUCCAUGCCCGAACCAGGAGCUCCGCGGCGGACUCCGCAAGGUGUCCCCUACGCCGACUUGCAGCACAUCGUCAACGCCGACGGACAGCACUUGUUCUGCCGCUACUGGGAGCCAGAGGGCCCCCCAAGGGCUCUGGUGUUCGUGGCCCAUGGGGCAGGGGAGCAUUGUGGGCCGUAUGAUGAGAUCGGCCAGACCCUGAAGGAACAGUCUCUGCUUGUCUUUGCACACGACCAUGUUGGCCAUGGCCAGAGUGAAGGAGACAGGAUGAAUAUUAAGGACUUCCAGGUGUUUGUCAGAGACUCCCUCCAGCACAUUGACCUGAUGAAGGGACGACACCCUGACCUGCCAAUCUUCAUCAUUGGACAUUCUAUGGGUGGAGCCAUUUCCAUUCUGACGGCCUGUGAACGACCUCAUGACUUUGCCGGUGUGGCUCUGAUUGCUCCUAUGGUCAAGAUGAACCCAGAAUCUGCCACACCCUUCAAGGUGUUCCUGGCUAAAAUCCUAAAUCACAUGGUACCUAGUCUCUCUCUGGGCUCUAUUGAGUCUAAAUGGGUUUCACGGGACCAAAAACAGGUUGAGGCGUAUGACAAUGAUGAGUUGAACUAUCACGGUGGGCUGCGUGUGUCAUUUGGCAUGCAGCUGAUGGGCGCGGUGGCGCGGAUCGAGAGAGAGGUCCCUGCCAUCACCUGGCCCUUCCUGCUUCUCCAUGGUGACGACGACAAGCUGUGUGACAUUAGAGGGUCCCAGAUGAUGUUUGACAUGGCCCAGAGCACGGACAAGAAGAUUAAGGUGUACGACGGAGCAUACCACGCCCUGCACCAUGAACUCCCAGAGACGGUGGCAGCGGUGCUGAAGGAAGUCACUGGCUGGAUCUCUGAGCGUCUCACUGGGUCUCCUUCUCAGGGCUCCUAGUCCCCUCCUCCUCUUCAUCCCCAACCCACUGUAUGACCUAAAUACAUUUGUACUGACAGCAUAUACUCUACUGCUAGCCGACCAGUAGCGAUCAUUUUCAGUACAAAUGUAGUUAACUGCACCUUACCCCAACCCCAGCCCUGUGCACGUCAGUCAGACUUAAAACCUCUUGGUCCUCUGGGGAGAAGUGGGGGGUGACAGGUCAGGAGGCCCACAGGAGGUUUCCUUAAGGUCAACUUGUUAGUGACCUUUGACCCCCAUGGCCAAUGUAGGUCCUGAUUUUCUAGGCUCUUCAUUAGGGACAACAGUUGUGCCCCAGCUGCCAGGCAGCAGUUCAUAGUACAUAUAUCAGCCAUGUCUCCCUGUACUGAGUUCAAAGAGAACAAUGCUGAGAGCUAGGCCAGGCGCAAUUCACAGAGGGAUUUUUUUCCUCCUUUGUAAUCACAGUGUUCAAUAGGCCAACAGAAACAUAUUGAAUUUGCCCAGGCUGAGGUGUUCCCUUUUGUAUGUUGCCAUGGAGACAACUGGCCUUUGUUAUUCCCACCGUAUCUCAGAUCCUUUGUUCAUAGAGUCAAACAUUUUGGACUUGUUUGAGCACCCAGCUCCACAGAUUGCUGCCACUAGUGGUCAUCUAUCAGAACUGCAGGGUAUAGGUGGCUGCAACCCAAGAUGGAGAAGUUGCCCGUUACUAUGGCAACACCUCAGGAAAAACCCUAUGGGGAAAAAAGGCUGAAUCCAUUAGAGCACCACAGUAAGGUGAGGCAUGCUGUGAAUCAUUAUACAGUACAUGCUGUGAAUCAUUAUACAGUACAUGCUGUGAAUCAUUAUACAGUACAUGCUGUGAAUCAUUAUACAGUACAUGCUGUGAAUCAUUAUACAGUACAUGUUGUGUACAGACAAAGGCGUCACUUCGCUGCAGUUCUUAUAUUGAAAAAGAUGACGGCCUCAAUUCAUCACCUACAACCUCACCAUUUAUCUGUGUUUCUCCAUGCUAACGACUAAUACAGAUUUGAAUGUAUAAUGUCAAAUAUCCAUGUUACCGAUAUUCCUCUUUUAAAUGGUGGAAGUUAUUUUAUAAGGGGAAGACUGGUGAAUCUAAUUGUCUGAUGCGUUGAGCAUUUAAUAAAGUGAAAUUCUAUACAUUUAGACAUUUGUCAAUAGACCAUUGUUUGUAACUCAACCAAGGGGCCAGGGUUUCUGUCUAGAAGCACGGUUUUGACUGCUCCGGCAGUCUUGCUUUGGUACUGCAGUUUAACUGAUACCCGGCCCAGAAAUACAAUUUCCUUAGUUGGCCAUAUAGAAUACCACAGUAUGAGUCAUAAUAGCCAUAAAACCUAGCGGUCAAGCAAGGAACUGGUUCCAUUCGUUUUUCCACCAUAAAUGUUCCCCCCUGGCAUGACGUUUUAAUAACCGUGUAAAUCUCUCUCGGACAAGGUGACUUUUAUCUAUAUAUAUUCUCCUGUAUUUACCCCCCAAAAAUCAAAUGCUAAUUAGCUGCUAAUGUGGCUAUCAUUAACUACUACAAAUGCCAUGAUGAUCUGGACGAGACAGCUGAAUCGAGGCAAAGGUAAGAAUCUGGAUUAACUAUCUAAGGUGUCAGCUAGAGAUGACGUGCAGGAGCUUGCAGAGAUUUGUAGUUUUGCAUGAUGUCUACUUUGAUGCCAAAUAGCAUUUUUGAAUCAGAGUAAUAGAGCCGAACAUAUUGAUAAAAGUCACCUUGUCCUAGUGAGAUUUACACGGUUAUUAAAACGCCACACCAGGGUAAGCCUACACAAAACACAACCCUUAUUUAAAGUGUUUCUAAAAUCACCUAUGGGACAUAUGAAUGAUGGAGAAAUUAUUGGAACCAUUUUCCUGUUUGACCACUAGGUUUUAUGGGUAUUAUGACACCUCUACUGUGGGGCUCUAUAGAGAAGUCAGAUUAGAACAUUCCUAAUAAAAGACACUUUAGUCAUCUUUAUGCACAAAACAUCCAUUUAAUUAUUCAAAUUGUUGCUGAGGCCGUUUUUUUUCCCUUCAUCACUCACAGCUGAAGAAAUUCAGAUGUUAUAUUCAUCCAAUGUCUGUUAUAUGCAUGUGAAGUUGUGCUGUGUAAACCGGAUGUAGGCGUUCCAUGAAUCGGCGAAUGUGAGUAGAUUACAUUGAACACAACAGUCGGACAUCUUGGACAAAGUAAAUCAGCAUUGUGUGUGUGUGAACUGAAUGACCAGUUUUUAAAUAACACACAUUUAAGAACAAUAUGGUGGCAUAUAUUUGAAAAGGGCAGAAUUUGUCCAAUUGUAAAUGUGUUACUCCUGAAACCAGACAUGUUCUUAUCAAUAAAUAUUGAUAAACUGUCAGAUUGCUCAUAACAAAUUGAAUAAUAUGUGAAGGACAUAAGUAUUAUUCUGUUUGCAUCUAUAUAACUACUUUUAUUGAUCUUGUCUACUCUAUUGAUAUGCAUUCUUCAUUUUUAAAGUAACGUGAUGUGGAACAUAAGGGUUUUAUACUAUAGUCAACUUACUUUGUAUUGAGCGUUCAGAACUAAUACCUGAUACUGAAAUUGAGAAGUAAGAAUCUGAAUGGCCCUUUUUAUGAAGUGUAAUUUAUUUUACUAUGUGAUUCGUGUUGCUUUGUGCUUUAUUCCCAUAACCUGUGUGAAAAUAACUUGGGCUCCAUGGUCACUUAAAGACUGACUGAAAAUUGCUGAAGGGCUUCAACUACAUUCUCAUGUCACCCACUAGAACAGUGUUUCCCAACACCGGUCCUUUAGUACCCCCAACAGUAGGAAAGAGUGGGGUAAGUUGAGUCAUUUUUUUUCUCAGUCAAGGGAAAUAUACUGUAGCAUUCAUUCAAACAAAGAUAUCUACAUAUUUUUCAGGAUGUUAUGUGUCCCUGGAAAUAAUCAGAAUUCAUGUAAACAUUAGUUUUGUAAACCUAGCUUACCUCAGGUAUGGGUUAAGUUGACCCGCAGGACAGAGUGAGUUAAAGCCACCUACACAUUUCUGUACUGAAUUCAUUAUUAGCCCUACCUUUUUAAAAACAUGUCUUUAUUUCCCAAACACAAUCACAUUUGUCUAUUAGUCAUAUUUUAACACAGUCUUAACACAUGACAAACACUUUGUACUUUUCAAAAACACUUUGAGGACACGCCUGGGAAGAAAACGCUUCAAUUUGCUCAACUUGCCAUUGGCUCAACUUAACCCAUAGCCACUGGUUCAACUUAACCCAUAGCCAUUGGUUCAACUUAACCCAUAGCCAUUGGUUCAACUUAACCCAUAGCCAUUGGCUCAACUUAACCCAUAGCCAUUGGCUAAACUUAACCCAUAGCCAUUGGCUAAACUUACCAAGGCAAAAAUUCUGACUAUAUUAGCCUACACAGCUACAAGGAUGCACUUGCAUGCAAAGGUUGACCCCAACUGACGUAUAGAACAAUCAAUAAAUUAAUUUGACUUGGUGAAAAUCUGUUUUCUGGACCGAACUUGCUUACUACUGUUUCCAUGUGGUUUCUUUCUUCCCAGACUACAUGCAAUUAGGAUCGCUUUCUAAAUAUUUGGUCCAUUCUGUGUAUGGUUUCCUAGAAACAAGGGCGGCUCAAUUUACCCAACUCUCCCCAUAUCAUUUUGUUGUGGGCCUGGACAAGCACACCUGAUUCUACUUGUCAACUAAUCAUCAAGCCCUCAUUGAGCUGAAUGAGGUGUGUUUGUUCAGGGCUACAACUAAAAUGUGUGCUGUUGGGGUACUGGAGGACCAGAGUUGGGAAACACUGCACUAGAAUCAGCCAUGCCAAACAGCAGUCAGCCUCUAGAGACAGGGGCUUGAGCCAAUCCAACAGUUAUUGCUGAAUCACCUCAUACAGUAGGACAGGUAUCAUCAACUAGAUUCAGCCGCCGGCUGAUUUUUUUUCUUCUUCUUGAGGAGGAUGAUCAGGGGGCCGGAAAAUAAUUGCAAAUAAUUUGUAGACUGCAAAUUGACAGCAAGAAACCCAAACAUAUAUAACAUUUCACUAAAACAUAAUAUUUGCAUAAACCUUGCUUACAUUUGUAAAUUAUCAGAUAUAUCUCUCUAUUAUGUGUGGGAAUACUUGGAACAGAUUUGCUGGUGUUUUCACUGUUUUUUUAAAUGUCUAACAAUUAAACUUGUAUUUUCUGCGCAGAAAACUAGAGGAGGAGGGGGGCAAAUAAAAUCAGACUGGAGACAAAUUUGGCCAGUAGGGGCUCCAUUCAAUCUGUAUCAUUGAAAUUCAAAUUUAAAGACAAAGUUCCCAUGUUAGCUGACAUGGCAUUCACGGUAAAAGCUGCAGGUGUCGGAACAAUCAGAAACGUUUCCAUUUUUAUCGUGUAACUGUAACGCUUCAGCACUACAGAUUGAAUAGAAGGUGUUCUCUGGGUCUAAUAGAUACAUACUUUCAAAUAGUUGAGCUGCACUUGAUUUGGCAUGCCCAGUACAAUGGAACCAAUGAAAUAGUCCCAGAAGUGCAAAGCACAUCAAAUACAGUAUUUGACCUAGGUCUGGUGCUAUGAUGGUUUUGGUUACGUACAAAAUGUUGAUGAGAGCCUGAUGGAAGAUGUUGGAACAAUGUUUAAUGAUCUGUCGUUUGUAUUCCUCAAACUGAACAUUUUUGUAACACAAACUGCUGUAACAUAUGAUGUUUUGAAAUGACUUGUGACCACUGAGAAACAAGAAACUUACUAAAUAAGCUAAAACCUAUUCAAAAAAUGUUACCAAUAAACCUUGACUGUUGAACUAA